GAGACUUCUCCAUUUGUCUGAAUAAGAAGAGAGCUGCAGGAAUCUUUACUGGCUGGAAAAGAAAAGAAGCAUCUUCACGCAUCCGGGCCUCUGCUUGGUUCUGGUUUGGAGCUGAGACCAGGACGGGAGCGAGCAGGAGGAGAGGAGUGUGUGUGUGUGUGUGUGUGUGUGUGUGUGUGUGUGUGUGUGUGUGUGUGUGUCCAUGCAGGAUGCUGUGUAGUAGAAAGGAAGCGGGCGGGAGGGGGAGGAGUGAGUCUCUGCGUCAGGAGCAUCACGGCAGCGCAGAAGCCACUUUCUGCUGAAGGAUCCAGGUGACUCCCUGCGCCGAUAUCAUCCCAGUCGCCCUAAAAUGCGCUGACCUGCUCAUCCCAAAGGGUUUGGUGUCUGACUGGUGACCAGCAGCAGAGCAGGGAGCUGUCCACGGUCCUGCCUGGAUCAGUCCACAGAAUCCACAGCAGACACUCAUGUGCUGAUCUCCCCCGUCCUCUGCAGCAUCUCUCCUCCAAGCAUCCAAGAUGGACGACGACGGGCGCUACCGAGACGGCCGCUCAGACUUCAUCCGCGGCGCCAAAGACAUUGCCAAAGUUGCCAAGAAGCAGGUCGGCAAGAAGGUCGGACGCGGCGUGGACAAGAUGGCCGAUGAGUACGUCAAGCGCUCCUACAAGCGCUUCGAAGAGGAAGACGACGACGACGAUUACGCUGGCGUGCCGAGCAAUGAUGGCGGAUAUUACCGAAACGACAGCCGAGCCAACGACGAUGAAGGCCACAGCGACUCCACCGAAGGUCACGAUGAGGACGAUGAGAUUUAUGAGGGUGAGUACCAGGGCAUUCCUCGGGGUGACUCUGGGAAAACCGGCGACAUGGAUGGCAUGGCCGUCGCCGAGGCGCAGCAGUUCAGGGACCUGUCGGCGUUUGAGGGCGAGGUGCGGAAGGACCGGGAGGAGCUGGCCCAGCAGUACGAGGCCAUCCUGCAGGAGUGCGGCCACGGAAAGUUCCAGUGGACUCUCUACUUUGUUCUGGGACUGGCGCUGAUGGCCGACGGCGUGGAGAUCUUUGUGGUCGGCUUCGUGCUUCCCAGUGCGGAGAAGGACAUGUGCUUGUCAGAGCCAAACAAAGGCAUGCUGGGUCUCAUCGUGUACCUGGGGAUGAUGGUUGGAGCCUUCGUCUGGGGCGGCCUGGCUGAUCGGAUCGGUCGGAGACAGACCCUGCUCAUUUCGCUCUCCAUAAAUAGCGUGUUUGCCUUCUUCUCGUCCUUCGUCCAGGGAUACAGCUCCUUCCUGUUCUGCCGUUUGGCUUCUGGCGUCGGCAUCGGAGGCUCCAUCCCGAUCGUGUUUUCUUAUUAUUCUGAGUUUCUGGCCCAGGAGAAGCGUGGAGAGCACCUGAGCUGGCUCUGCAUGUUCUGGAUGAUCGGCGGUAUCUACGCCUCCGCCAUGGCCUGGGCCAUCAUCCCACACUACGGCUGGAGCUUUCAGAUGGGCUCGGCCUACCAGUUCCACAGCUGGAGGGUUUUUGUUCUGGUGUGUGCCUUCCCGUCUGUGGCCGCCAUCUCUGCCCUCUCCACCAUGCCUGAGAGCCCCCGCUUCUACCUGGAGAAUGGGAAGCAUGACGAGGCGUGGAUGAUUCUGAAGCAGGUCCAUGACACCAACAUGAGGGCCAAAGGUUACCCAGAAAGGGUCUUCUCUGUGACCACCAUUAAAACGGUGAAGCAGAUCGAUGAGCUGGUGAACAUGAGCGACAGUGCAGCCUGGCAUGAGAAAUGGAGGCUAAAACUCUCCUCACUUUUCCAUCAGGUGUGGAAUAAUUUCCAAACCAUUUUCUCCCCUGAGUACCGGCGCACCACCUACAUGAUGAUGGCCGUGUGGUUCUCCAUGUCCUUCAGCUACUACGGCCUGACCGUGUGGUUCCCCGACAUGAUCAAGUACCUGCAAAAACAGGAGUAUGCCUCGCGCACCAAGGUGUUUGUCAAGGAGAAAGUGGAGCACGUCACCUUUAACUUCACUCUGGAGAACCAGGUCCACCGUCAGGGGCAGUACUUCAACGACAAGUUCAUGAAUGUGAAAAUGAGAUCUAUGGUGUUCGAAGAUUCGCUGUUUGAAGAGUGUUACUUUGAGGAUAUCACCUCCAGCAACACUUUUUUCAAGAACUGCACAUUUAUUGCCACCCUCUUUUACAACACUGAUCUUUUUAAAUACCGUCUGAUCAACUGUAAGCUCAUAAACAGCACUUUCCUGCACAACAAAGAAGGCUGUCUGCUCAGUGAUGUCAGUGAUGAAAAUAACGCCUACAUGGUCUACUUCGUCAGCUUCCUGGGUACCUUGGCAGUGUUGCCAGGUAACAUUGUGUCUGCGCUCCUCAUGGACAAGAUUGGGCGUUUGAGGAUGCUUGCUGGCUCCAGCGUCAUCUCUUGCGUCAGCUGUUUCUUCCUGUCUUUCGGCAACAGUGAGUCAGCCAUGAUCGCUCUGCUGUGCCUGUUUGGUGGGAUCAGCAUCGCCUCCUGGAACUCCCUGGAUGUGCUGACCGUCGAGCUCUAUCCGUCUCACAAGAGAACCACCGCUUUUGGUUUCCUCAACGCUCUGUGUAAAUUAGCGGCCGUGCUCGGCAUCAGCAUCUUCACUUCAUUUGUUGGCAUAACCAAGGCUGUGCCCAUCCUGUUUGCCUCUGGCGCGCUGGCAGCAGGCAGUUUUCUCGCCCUCAAACUACCAGAGACGCGGGGUCAAGUGCUCCAAUAGUGUGGCACCAGCAGCUCUGCAGAGGGCAGCAGAGCUUUAGCCGCACUGCAGAGGAAACGGCUCAAAAGGUCAUCAAAUCGUGCCCUCUGAACCUACCCCACACUCACCAACAUCCACAGUAAAGCAGUAAACUACAACAUGAAUUUGUUAAGGUGCAACAUUCAGCCGUGAGAGUAAAGGUUAGUGCUGUUGCUGCAUCCUGAUAAUUCCAGAAAAAGAUGAUGUUUGUCGUUUACUAAAGUCUGGAGAUGAAAAAAAAAAACACAGUAAACCAAUGUAGAUGUAAGUCCAUUAAGUUCUGUCCCCCUCAGUGUGAAACCAUCCAGGGUUGGAGGUCAGUGACUCUGAUAGUUAGCGACGCAAACAGACUCAUAGAAAUGACCACUAGCCGUCAUUGCAGAGUUGUCCGCAUUCACCUUCAUUCUUUUGAGCGACAUCAACUCACCUUUGAAGUUGUGAGUUCUUCAUCUUUGUUGGACAUCUAUCUGCUCAAAAAUGCAACAAUUCCUGCCUUGAUUGGAAGCAUUUUUGACUCUGCGGGGGAACACCAAGACGUGUCCGUCUUGGCCUCCCUUACUCUGUUUCUCCCGAGGUCUUGUGUUGGUGUCUAGACUAACUGCCAUUUUGUAGAUAAUAGAACAUUCCGGGUUUGCUUUUGUUAUCGUUACAAAUCGGAGAUUAAUCUCCCUCCCUUUAUGGCAUCACUUUGGAUCGCACCAGAGCAGGGAUGAGUUCACGGCAAGUUUUCUGUGUCUGUCCAUCUGAAGCACAACCAUUUGUCAUGAGAACAUUUUCCCAGGGAAAAUGUUCAGAAUCUCCCAGUUAUUCCAGUCAAACUGUACAUCCCUUUGUGAGAACUGCCUUUUCCCUUCUCCUUUAUGAAUAUACAGGAUGUGUGUCUUUAAGAUGUUUCAGAGGGUGUUAUGCAUGUCACAAAGUAUGAACUGUAUGUAAACUUGAAAAUCCAGAUUAUAACAUGUAAACAGAGUUUUACUGCAUUUGCUCAUUUAUUGUUCUUUAUCAAAUUUCUGUAUUUCUUGAUACCUUUAACAGACCUUCCCAGGUGUUUCAGAGCACACUGCACGAAACGUUGCAAAACUUGAAAUGUCUGAAAGAAGAACAUGAUCCAUGUAGAGAAGUUAAUCUAGUCAUGUCUAAGUUUUCAUUGAGAACUUAAAAUUCAAGCUAUUGUGGGUCAUCUUUGCAACUGAAACCUGACAAAUGGUUGUUUAUUUAUUGAGUCUGUAAUCAUUCCACAAAUUCACCUUUUUUCUCUCUUACAAUGACAGGGGUGGGGAGGUUUGGAAAAUCAGUGGUUUAGUCAGGUUAGCGCACCAUGAAUACCAGCCUACAGAAAAUUCAUCAGUUAAACCUUUUGUAGAUGUUCAGCACAUCAAACUUAAAUUUAUUAAAACUUACUUUUUAUAUUUGGUGAAUUCACCAACUCUCUCACAAUUCCUUAUAUCAACUUAUUCCUUCCUGCCUGAUUCUUUUCUUGUGUCAGUAAAUAUUCGGUGGUUGCAUAGAUGAGCUAACAUUUGGGCUGUGCAGCUGCUAGCAUUAGCAACAUGUGCAGCUGCUAGCAUUAGCAACAUGUGCAGCUGCUAGCAUUAGCAACAUGUGCAGCUGCUAGCAUUAGCAACAUGUGUUGCUAAGUGUUUCACUCUGGUCUCAGUUUUAUCCACUUCAAACACUUUCUCAAUAUUUAUGGAAAAAUUAAAAACAUUUCAGUUUGAGCAAUACGCUGUACGAACUGUGCAUCAAUUUAUCAUGAGUAGCUACCAUUAGCACAGUAGCUGAAAUGGGAAACCCAAUCGUCUAAAUCCUGUCAUUUAACCAAACAAUAUUUCUGCCGUAUCGUCUAACUGAAUAUGGCUGCUGGUUUCUGCAACUUCAAGAUAUGCCGAUAUAGGAUGACAAGCUUUAUUUGCCUUUUAUGAAUUAGAUAUAUUAAAUUCAGGAGCAUGCAACAACAUCAGGGCUACAUCUUAACCUGAUUUUUAACUGAUUAGGACAUUAAUUUAACAUGCAGGAUAAUUCUGUCUUUUCCUGGAUUUUAGCAUUUGAUAGGAGCAAGACAUAAAAGCACACUUAUCAGAAAGAGAUCACUAACAAUUAUCAUAUGUUCCAUACAGGUCACAUGCAUUCCCACGUGGCACAUUACAUUCACAGCUGCUUUCCAACAUUUGGAAAAGCAAUCAUGUCAGAACAGUUUUUCUUGUCCAAACUGCCAUUUUGUAGGAUAGCAGCCAUAUGUAGUUUCAAUUGAAUAUAUAGCCAAACCACUGCACUAAGAGUGCAUUGUGCACGAUUCUGAGAGCCUUGUGUUGUUUGACACUCAUCCUGAUGCGCAUUGGACAAGUAUUGAAGAACCAGGGGAACAUUUAUUGAAAGCACAAGCAUAAUCUACCAAAUGAUGAUGUUGUGGACAUGCUGUAGGUUUACACAGUUCUGCAAAAAGAGAAUUACCCCUCGUUUAUUUGCAUUUACUUUACACUGAUCUAGAUUUAUCACCUGAUCCAUCAUCUAUUCGUGUGCCAUGAGUCCCGCCUUUCAUGAAUUAUUGCCAAAUAUUUUCUGUGGCCUGAGUUUACACAUUAUGACAAGAGAUCUGCUAUAGAUAUAAAUAUAUGUAAAUAAAAUAAACUAUAAUAGAACUAAUAGGAUUUUUAAAUGAUUUCCCCCAUGGUCUUUACAAUAUCAAAGUAGUUUUUCUUCCUGUUGGGCAUGUAGAGCAGAAACACUUUUAUUUUCUCUCUGAAACUGAUUCAAAACGCUGAGUUUGACAGUUCAGGUGCCCUAGUAAAAAAAAAAAAUCUGACUUGCAAAAACCUUCAGAAGCCAAAAUGAUUAGCAGACCACACUGCAAAAUGUCCAACACACCCUCUCAGAAGCACACUGACAGACCCUGAAAACACAGAAACUACACAUGUAAGAAAUAAAUUCUCUGCAGACCGGCCCAGGUCACACAUCAUGCGGUUACAAACCAAGUCAAGAUCACUCUGUUUUAGCAGAGAGUGCUGUUAAAAUGCUAACACGCUUCUCUCAUACAUAUCUAAGCCUAUGUUACAGGGUGUUUUUGUAUAAUUAACUUGCUGCCUAAGCAACAGUCAAUUGUGAGUGCAAAAAGUUAACAAAGCAAUAAGUGUUUGAGUGUUUGUCUCUUACAAAGUUGUUGGCAGUUGGAGCACAUUACUACAUGCCGGCCUUUUUCCACUGAAGGGAUUGUUUAGCGUAUUUGAAUCGUGGCUGUGUGGAGUAGUGUUGAGCUGUUAGCGUCUUACCUGCAGUAGACAGCUGCUCUGAGCGGGGAAGAUUAAAAGAGAAUUCCCACCUAAAAUAAAAAAAACAUUUUUAAACUUUUCUAAAAGUUUGGCUUGUUUAAGAUGGAGAAAAUUCACUCCUCAACAUGUCUGAUCCUUGAAAGUUUUAACUUCACCUCUCAAUGAGAUUUUUUUUUUUAAUCAUCAAUCUGAGAUCGCUCUAUCUGCGGUGUUUUUCACGUAGGAGACUGACUGUUCAGAACUACUCUGCACAACAUUACAUCAAAAAUAAACUCUCCCACUAAUGAAGACAUGAAAUAAAAAAGCUAACAUUUGUGUGUGACUCUCUGAAACCACUCUUGGUCUUGAGGCUUCUGUCAAUACAAGUGCAUCACCAUAAAUUAAAUGUAACAAAGAAUUAUCACCUUUGUCACUGUACCGUGCUGUAGAAAAUGUAGUUGAUUGUAAGUAUAGAAACUGUGGAAUCAAAUAUAAAAAAGUGAUAAAAAAAAAGUGUAAAUGAACAAUGCUGUAUGUUGUCUUUUGAUUGUGUGUAUUUUGUAAAUGAGAAUGAGAUAAUACAGUAAAAUCAUCAAUGUCAAACACCAGUUAUGGAUCCUAGUUAGAUUAAAAGUGCAGAUGCAGUUUUGUUUAGAGGUGUGUGAGAUUUCUCCAUGUUGAUUUUUGAUCAGGAUCACACUUUGAUGCGAUCCUUUGGAACUAUAACAAAACGUUAUGGAAAUAAUGAACAAUAAACAAGUGGAAAAGAUA